AUGGCGUUAUUAAAAAAAGAGAUCGCAGCUUUGCGCACAAGCUCCAAUCCCUACAGUUCCUCUCUGGAAUCACUCAAAAAAUAUCUAGCUGACGUUAAGCUUGCAUUGAAGGAGCUGCAAGAAAAAAGAAUUGGGUUUAACCCUGCAACCUGUGAUACAUAUUUGUCUCCUAUAUCUUGUGAGGACAAGAUUCCCGGAAGGCGGGUAGUUAAGAAUAAAAGUGCACAGAAAUCGCUGUUAGCCAAGAUAAGCUCGCACGCGUCCACACCGGCCGCUCCCUUUCCACCAGAGCCCACAGUGAGGGUAUCGUGCUCACCUACGACAUCGCAAGGCGCAGCGAACAAUAAAUCAGUCCCACAGUCCAGCGGCACAGACUCUAAACAAUUGUCCAGUCAACCGAGUUAUGCUAAAGUUGUGGACGGUUCUGACUUGGGUCCUAAAUUUGCGCUUGAUUGUGAUUUAUUAACCGUUUCUGAACACAAUGAUAAUGUAAACAAUUCGCACGUUCUGUCACUAAAACCGAUAAAAGAGGGGAACUGGACUACAGUGACGAGUAAACGUCAAAAGAGACUAGAGAAUAGAAAAGGAAAAGCGCAUCCAAUAAGCGAAUUUAAUUUCAAAGCAGCAGAAAGAACCUUAUCUAUGUAUAUAUCACGAGUACACAGAGAUAGUACGGCGAAUGACAUUGCUGGCUUUAUUAAGUACAAGACUCAACUGGAAACGGUAGUUACUAAAAUUAAUACGUACGAAAAUAGUUUUAAUGCCUUUAAAAUCACAGUACCGCUUCAUAAGGCUGAUCUCUUUUUGAAUGAUGAGGGGGAUCAAUUUUGGCCCGCGGGAAUUGUUUUUAGAAAGUUUAGAAAGCGUGGGUAUCGCCCCGUACAAAGAGAACCAAGGAAUGAGAACAAAAUUACUAAUAAACAAUAUGGAUAA